CAGCACCGGGAACUACCGCCUCCUUCCCUUCGCCUAGCCGGCAUGCCCUCGAGCAUGUACAGAGUGCCUUCUCCCUCCGGCUGAGCCUCGGGGGCAGGGCUUGCCGGGCAGAGGGCGUGCCUUGCUCCGAGGCUUGAGCCCCGGCACCUCUCGGCCGCGAUCCUCCCGCAGCAGCGGCGGCAGGAGCAGCAGGCCCCCUCCACGCUCCCCCGCCCUCCCCGUGUGGACGCGGCUGCACAGCUCCGCGCCAGGCAGAGCGAGCGGCGGCGGUGGGAGACAGCGCCAGUCGGGGGAACUUGUGAGGAGGAAGGAGGCAGGCAGGCAGGCGAGCGCGCACCGGGCGUAGGGGGAGCCCGAGCCUCGCCGGGCGUGGCGGGGCGGCGGCGGCUCCGGCGGCUCCGGGUCCUCCUCCUCCUGCACGUCCCCGCCGCCGCGGAGGUCCGGCUCCAGCUGCCGCUCCUCUCCGCCAGGAGGAUGCCCCGGGCUGAGGGGGAGGCGCCCUCCCCGCCGCCGCCUCGUCCGCUGCUGCCGCCGCCGCCUCUGGAGGUGUAGCGGGCGCCGGAGCCGGAGCCCGGCUGGCUGGCUGGCUGGCUCGCCCGCCCGCCCAGGAUGCUGACCUGCUGCCGCCGCCCGCGCCCGCUCCUCCCGCCGCUGGACCGACGCCGCUACUCCUCCGCCGCCUCCACUGCCUCCGCCGCCGCCGCCGGACUCUUCCUGGGGCUCGUCUGGCUCCACUCCUGCCACGGGAUGCCCCAUGUCAUCCGCAUCGGAGGAAUCUUUGAAUAUACAGACGGCCCAAAUGCCCAGAUAAUGAAUGCAGAGGAGCAAGCCUUCCGAUUCUCAGCAAACAUUAUCAAUAGGAAUAGAACACUGCUACCCAACACAACCUUAACCUAUGAUAUCCAGAGGAUAAGCUUCCAUGAUAGCUUUGAAGCCACGAAGAAAGCCUGUGACCAGCUGGCACUUGGUGUUGUAGCAAUAUUCGGGCCUUCCCAGGGUUCCUGCACCAACGCCGUCCAGUCCAUUUGCAACGCACUGGAGGUCCCCCACAUCCAGCUGCGGUGGAAGCAUCACCCUUUGGAUAACAAAGACACUUUCUAUGUCAACCUUUACCCGGACUAUGCCUCUCUCAGCCAUGCUAUCUUGGACCUUGUACAGUACCUAAAAUGGAGGUCAGCCACUGUGGUGUAUGACGACAGUACAGGCCUCAUCCGGCUGCAAGAGCUGAUCAUGGCCCCGUCGAGAUACAACAUCCGCUUGAAAAUCCGCCAGCUGCCCCUUGACACAGAUGACACGCGCCCCUUGCUCAAGGAAAUGAAGCGGGGCCGGGAGUUCCGGAUCAUCUUUGAUUGCACCCACACCAUGGCUGUCCACAUCCUCAAGCAGGCCAUGGCAAUGGGAAUGAUGACGGAAUACUACCACUUUAUCUUCACCACACUGGAUCUUUAUGCAUUGGAUCUAGAGCAAUAUCGCUACUCUGGAGUGAACCUGACUGGCUUCCGCAUCUUGAACGUGGAGAAUCCCCAUGUCUCUGCCAUCAUUGAUAAAUGGUCUAUGGAGAGGUUGCAGGCAGCCCCCAAGCCUGAGCCAGGGUUGAUCACAGGGGUGAUGAUGACAGAUGCUGCCCUGUUGUACGAUGCCGUCCACAUUGUCUCCGUGUGCUACCAACGGGCUCCACAGAUGACUGUCAACUCCCUCCAGUGCCAUCGGCAUAAAGCCUGGCGGUUUGGUGGACGCUUCAUGAAUUUCAUCAAAGAGGCCCAGUGGGAAGGUCUCACUGGACGCAUCGUCUUCAACAAAACCAGCGGCUUGAGGACGGAUUUCGAUUUGGACAUCAUCAGCCUCAAGGAAGACGGGCUUGAAAAGGUUGGUGUGUGGAGCCCAUCUGAUGGACUGAAUAUCACUGAAAUCUCCCGAAGACAAGGCCCCAAUGUGACAGAUUCCCUCACCAACAGAUCCUUGAUUGUCACCACAGUCCUGGAGGAACCCUUUGUCAUGUUCAUCAAGUCGGACACCGUGCUCUCCGGGAAUGAGCGCUUUGAAGGCUACUGCGUUGAUCUCCUAAGGGAAGUCUCCCGAAUCCUUGGCUUCAGCUAUGAGAUCCGUGUGGUGGAGGAUGGGAAGUAUGGAGCCCAGGAUGAGAAGGGGCAGUGGAACGGCAUGAUCAGGGAGCUGAUUGAUCAUAAAGCUGACCUGGCUGUCGCUCCGCUCACCAUCACCCAUGUCCGGGAGAAAGCAAUUGACUUCUCCAAGCCCUUCAUGACUCUGGGGAUCAGCAUUCUCUACCGGAAGGCCAAUGGGACCAACCCCAGUGUCUUCUCUUUCCUGAACCCUCUGUCUCCUGACAUUUGGAUGUACAUCCUCCUUGCUUACCUGGGAGUGAGCUGCGUGCUGUUUGUGAUAGCCAGGUUUAGCCCUUACGAAUGGUAUGACGCCCACCCCUGCAACCCAGGCUCGGACAUUGUGGAGAACAACUUCACCCUCCUCAACAGCUUCUGGUUCGGCAUGGGAGCACUGAUGCAGCAAGGCUCUGAGCUGAUGCCCAAAGCCCUUUCCACCCGCAUCAUCGGGGGCAUCUGGUGGUUCUUCACCCUCAUCAUCAUCUCCUCCUACACGGCCAACCUGGCUGCCUUCCUGACCGUGGAAAGGAUGGAGUCACCCAUCGACUCGGCGGACGACCUGGCCAAGCAAACCAAAAUCGAAUAUGGGGCAGUGAAGGAUGGCGCCACCAUGACUUUCUUCAAGAAAUCCAGGAUCUCCACUUUUGAAAAGAUGUGGGCCUUCAUGAGCAGCAAGCCCUCAGCUCUCGUUAAGAACAACGAAGAAGGGAUCCAGCGUGCCCUGACCUCUGACUAUGCCUUGCUGAUGGAAUCCACCACCAUUGAGUACAUCACCCAAAGAAACUGCAACCUGACUCAGAUUGGGGGUCUUAUAGACUCCAAGGGCUAUGGGAUCGGCACUCCUAUGGGUUCACCCUACAGGGACAAGAUCACAAUUGCGAUCCUCCAGCUCCAAGAAGAGGCCAAGCUGCAUGCCUUGAAGGACAAGUGGUGGAGAAGCAAUGGCUGCCCUGAGGAGGAGAACAAAGAAGCCAGUGCCCUUGGGAUCCAGAACAUCGGGGGGCUCUUCAUCGUCCUGGCUGCUGGCCUGGUCCUCUCCGUCUUCGUGGCCUCCCUGGAGUUCAUCUACAAGCUGCGCAAAACGGCAGAACGGGAGCAGCGUUCCUUCUGCAGCGCCAUGGCCGACGAGAUCAGGCUUUCUCUCACCUGCCACCGCCGAGUGAAACACAAGCCCCAGCCCCCCGUCAUGGUGAAGACAGACGCCGUCAUCAACAUGCACACAUUCAAUGACAGGCGGCUUCCAGGCAAGGACAACAUGGCCUGCAACACGGGACUGACCCCCGUGUUCCCGUGAUGGGGUGUGGAGGGUCAAACACCAGGGAGGGGCUUGCUGGAGAUGUGUGGGGAGAAAGGCGUACCAGGACUGCAGAAGCAGAGAAAAGGAGGGAGAACAAACCCCCAGUUUUUGAGAACAAGGCCUUCAAUGUAACUUCAGCCAUCAUCCAACUUGGAUACAAGAACCCGAAGCAUGGAUCGCGACGCCUUCAGUUGGGAGUCGUUGUUUGAUUAUUAUUAUUUUUCCAGAUCAAGGUUUAAGCAGCACCAUGGACUCCUCGGCACCCAAGCCCUGCCCUUCCCCAAGACACACCCAGGAGGAGCCUUCAUGUUUACAUUCAAAUGGAUGGAAGACAUAAAUAAAGCCAGGGCAUGGACUGAUCUGGGGCAGAGGAGAGCCCCCGCAAAGCUUGCGAAUCCGACGCUUCCAUUUCAGUAUGGCAAUAAACAAAGCAACCACAUCGGGGGUGGGGGGGUGAAAUCUGGAUUGGCUUACGCAGCAUGUGCCAGAGACAGUGUGGGAGAGAGUUGUGGGUUGGAGAGCAGGGGAGGAGACUCCUGGUCAAAGUCAUGAGCCUUUCCCGUAAAGGAACCCAAUGGUGGCCUCAGCACUGUGCUGGACUCUCGUGCACCAGGAAGCCCCCAGUGGGCCACCAGCACACCUGUCUUGCAUGGGUGUGUUGUGGGCUCCUACCUGGGGAGAGGAGACAGCAGGGGAAGCCUCUUUUAUUCAGGGGGAGGGGGAGGGAGGUUGGGUUUCCAUUUGUCUGACAGGAACCGUUAUGGGGAGAGAGGGUAUGUCCACAGUGACACAAGCAAGCAUUGCCUCUACUUGGAGGUGUGGAUUCCUGGCACUUGGAGGAGGAGAAGGAAUUGUAUCCUUCAGACAGUGGCUCCUGCAACACUUGGGUGCCAUCUGCUCCAAGUCCGUUAUGUGAGACCAAGCAAAGCCACCAUCCUUGGGGCGAAAGAGGUUGCCCUAAGGAAGGCUAACAUAAUCCGCAAAUGGGUAAUGAUGACCAUGAUGACUUCACUGAUAGAGGAGGGGCAUGAGAAAAGUGGAUUAUAAUUCAGCAUUUAAUUGUGGUUGGGGAAGAUUUGGCAACACUCUAGGCAUUUUGUUGGUGGUCAAUCUGGAUUCUGGAUGAGUUGAAGUCUGUACAUUUCUGGGUGCAUUACUCAAAAAUAAGUCCCACUGCAUUCAGUGGGGCUUAUUCCCAAUUUUGUGUGCAUAGGCUCAUUGCGCAAAUCUCUACCAUUAGAAGUCAUUAAAGUGUACUUCGGGCAGAAGAGCCUCUCCCCUGGGUACCAUGAAUUGUCUUUUUCCUUCCAGACAGAUUUUUUUCUCUCUCCAAAUGACCAAAGACUGCCCUUUGCCUGCCAUUCAAAAGAACACAGUGAAUGGGCAACUCUGUGGUAUUGCCAAAUACUGACUGUCUUUUCCCUGAAAACCUAGCAGGAGACUGACAGGUUGUGCAACUGCAUGCAAAGCUGCCUCUUUCCACAUUCAGUCAGCUUUAAGACUGAUGCAAUGGUUUGUUUUGACUUGACUUUAGGCACAUUUGCAAGACAAGUUUCCAAACAGUCUUCUAAUUUCAAAAUUUCAGUAGUCAAUUACCUGCCAAGUCUAAUUCAUCUCAGUCCACAGCUGAGGAAAGUUAUUAUCAUUCAUUGAUCAGUUUAUAUAUUGCUUGCAUACCACAAUGGCUUCUAAGUGGCUUACAAGCAUAAAAUCAAUUAUAAAACCCAUACAUAAUUGAAAUGCACAAUAAAAGAAUUUCAUCAAAACAUUUAGAACUCCCAUAUACUAAAACAAGCCAAUAGAAAA